AUGGCUUCCGAAUCGCCUCAGAUUGAAAUGACACCUCCGGGGAUGGGUCCCGGGGAUCAGGCCACAAGUCCGGCUGCGGAUUCGGCCAAGAGGAAGGCGGAACAAGGCAACGGAACUCAGACGCGCGCAAAGCGGAAUCGCUACAUUUCUAUCGCAUGUAAUGAGUGCAAGCGUCGCAAAAUCAAAUGCAAUGGACAAGUACCCUGUGGGAGAUGCGGGCACCUCAACUUGGAAUGCCGAUAUGCGCCGAAUUGCUGUAACAAUAACUUCAAAGACUCAGAGGAAUAUCGGUCGAUGGGGUCUCAAAUAGCGACGCUACAAGACCAAGUCAACAGUCUUUUCAACAACAUCAACGAACUUAGGGCCCAGAAACCCAGUUUUGAAAGCCCUUCAUUUGACCAUCUAUCUCGUGAUGGCUCCUCCCAAGCGGUUUUUACUCCCUUGCCCACCGGGAUGCCGAAGGUCCGACCCCGGCAUCCGCAUUUCCAUGGCCCAACGAGCUCGGCGUUUAAUUUUGACGUUGCCAAGUCAAGCCUUCAGAGUAUGGGCAUCACACCAGCAGAGGACGCUAUACCUGACGACUUAACAACGGCGCAUGUUACGCCAGCUGGAUCACCGCCUCCACAUAUGAGCACCCUUACCUCCACUAUUCAUCCGACCAAGGAUCUUCUAUGGGGCAUAUCGCGCAAGGCUGCUAUAGAGCUGUGUGAAACUUAUGAUGAAGAAAUCGGGAUCAUGUAUCCUAUUGUUGACAUCACUACAGUCAUCAAGGAGGCUAAUCUACUCUACGACUUCAUGGAAGCCGCCAUCGGUAGUGGUCUUGCCCAACCGAGUUUGCCUGGUCCGGACAGCCUUCAUAAUGAAAGCGCAAUUCUUCUUAAGCUUAUUCUCGCCACCACGCUGGUUGUGAAAGGGGGUGGGCAGAGCAACGAUGGGAGGCGGUUAUAUCUGAGCAUCAAGCCUGUGAUUGAAUCUAAGCUAUGGGAACCUUAUGCUAUUAAAAACAUCCAGCUCUUUGCUCUCGUGGCUACCUACCAUUUCCACACGGAUGAUGACGCCAUGGCCUACCGACUGAUUGGCUUAGCUGCGCGCAUGUGUUUGGAAAUGGGUCUCCAUCGUCGAGAGGCCUUAAUAAAAUCUUUCCCCAACGAGGCCGAAUGGAACGAAGCCACUCGUAUAUUUUGGUCAGUUUACAGUUUGGACCGACGGUGGAGCUUGGGCACUGGGUUGCCAUUUGUGAUUCAGGAUGAAGAUAUUGACCCGAACCUACCAGAGCCGGAUGCAUCUCUAACCUAUCUUCGGUGUAUGAUAUCAUACAAUCGAAUCAGCUCCAAGAUUUGGUAUUCAGGCCUGGGCUCAGAAGGAACGACAGAUAUUCGACGCGAUGAGAUUGGCUACUUGGACUAUCAAGUCUUGCAGUGGUACAGGCAAGUGCCGGAUGAACUUAAAUUUUAUCCUGUGGAAUCUCCCAAGAAUGGAGAAACUGCAACUCGUGGCAUGAGACGUCUCCGGAUUCUACUCUACUUGCGAAUGAACCAGCUACGAAUCCUGAUCUAUCGUCCAGUGCUUCACUCGGCAGCAAGCAUUGCAGAAGACCGAGGUUAUUCUCAGACCGUGGUAGACAUUGCCAAGGACACCGUUCGAGUGCUUACACGACUGAAUCAGAUGUCUGAUAUCUACCGUACCCAACAGAUCACAUUUAAUUAUUUCCUCGUUGCUGCGCUGGCUGUGCUGUUCCUCGCCGUGUGUCAUGCACCUGCCGACUUUAAUCGGCAAGUCCGGGACGAGUUCUACAUGGCUUUGGACCUUAUCAAUGGAUUCAGUACCAAAUCAUUCGUAUCGAAACGGCUGUGGAAGACUAUUAAAGGGCUUCGAAUGAUUGGAGAGAAAUUGGGGGUCUUGGCCCGUCCCUUUGGCACAGACUCUAAUGAUCCCCACUCCACCGCAGCGGUGGCUAUGGCAGAUCUUGCUGGGCACUCGGUCAAUGACCUUUCUGCCUACAGUCCCUUGAAUGGUUUCCAGAUGAGUCACGAGCUGACGCAUCUAUUUGAGGCUGUUGGUUCAUUUGGCAGCUACCUGCCAGGCACGAGUGGUCCAGAGGGCAUCAAUGGAUUUGUUGGCACAGCUGGAGAAAUCCAGAAUACCGGCGAAGGACUUUCCGGGAUUCUGGGUGGUGAGGAGGAGUUUUCUCGCAUCCUUCGUGACUUAUUCUGA